ACAAAAAAAUCUUAACCCCACAGGCAAGCUGUGUCUGUGUCAUUCGUUCUCUGCCUCUACUCGCAACGUUGAGCCUGUGUGGGCUGUGCAACACUGAGCUCUCUCUCUCUCUCUCUCUCUCUCUCUCUCUCUCUGUGGGGGGGUGUCUCGUCAACUAGUUUGCCGGUUUCUUGCAUGUGGGUAUCUGUUAAUUCACUCAAUCCUUCAUAAGCAGAGACCCCUAAAUUCGUCCUCAGUUCAAUGGCUUCCGCCGUUCUCACCGGAGCUGACAACCUCGCCCUGGUCAGGGCCGUGUCCCCUAAGGGUCUCGGCUUCCUAGGUUCGGAUUUCCACGGGAAGCACCUCCCCCGAUUGGCAUUAGCUUAUUCAAGAACUCCGAACAUCUGCAGCUUUAGAAUCACGCGGUUAGUGCCCAAAUGCAGCUUAUCGGCUUCGCGGCCUGCAUCGCAGCCCCGGUUCAUACAGCACAAGAAGGAGGCCUUCUGGUUCUACCGCUUCCUGUCCAUCGUGUACGACCACAUUAUAAACCCUGGCCACUGGACUGAGGACAUGAGGGAUGAGGCCCUUGAGCCUGCCGACCUCUACGAUCGGAACAUGAUAGUUGUGGAUGUCGGCGGUGGCACGGGGUUCACCACACUUGGGAUCGUGAAGCACGUGGAUGCGAAGAACGUUACUAUUCUUGAUCAGUCUCCGCACCAGCUCGCUAAGGCCAAGAAGAAGGAGCCCCUCAAGGAGUGCAAGAUUAUUGAGGGGGAUGCCGAGGAUCUCCCCUUCAAUACCGAUUAUGCUGAUCGGUACAUCUCUGCUGGAAGUAUUGAGUACUGGCCUGACCCGCAGCGAGGCAUUAGGGAAGCCUACAGAGUGCUGAAGCUGGGAGGAAAGGCAUGCAUUAUAGGCCCUGUGUACCCAACAUUUUGGCUAUCUCGAUUUUUCGCGGAUGUUUGGAUGCUCUUCCCAAAGGAGGAAGAGUACAUUGAGUGGUUCAAGAAAGCUGGAUUUAAAGAUGUCCAGCUCAAGAGGAUUGGCCCCAAAUGGUACCGUGGGGUCCGUAGGCAUGGCUUGAUCAUGGGAUGCUCUGUCACUGGUGUAAAACCUGCUUCUGGGGAUUCUCCUUUGCAGUUGGGUCCAAAGGAAGAGGAUGUCUCGAAGCCCGUUAACCCAUUCGUGUUCAUGCUGCGCUUCCUCUUGGGCGCAAUGGCUGCGACGUACUUUGUCCUAGUCCCGAUAUACAUGUGGAUCAAGGAUCAGGUCGUCCCGAAAGGUCAACCAAUUUAAGAGGGCAGAAGGGAGCAGGAGGGGGGAAGCUGUCCGUAGGUUGCAGUACAAAGAACAUUUUAGUGUCUUCUUUCUGACUGGUUGUGUCAAUGUAACUUGGUAUGAUGAGUAUUUUCAGUGAGAAUCCUUUUCAUGUUUAUCUCAAUUAACUAACAGACUAAGAUCUUGAAAACUUUCUUCUUGGGAGCAGAGAAAAUCGGAGGGAAAGGAUUUGGGGGGAGAUGUGUUAUUCCUCAAAAUCUCUUCAUCCGAAUUGAGUAGUUUUCUAUCUCAAAUGAGCACAAAACUUUUCCUUUU